AUGUCAGAUUAUGACGAUGUUUUAUGUAGUUCUCUAAAACUGAAAUCUGGGCAAGGAAUAAAAAAGAAAAAGAAAAAGCGUAGCAAAAAGUUAUCACCAAACGAUCUUGAAGUGGCUGUCAAUACCUCUGAAAUAAAUCCAAACGAUGAAACUGUCAAAGAAGAGAAGAAUUCAAAGCCUACAUAUACAAACCUAACCAAGUCCCAAGUAGAGUGGGAGAAACGUAGAGACAAACGUAUAUUGGAAUCUGUACUAUCAAAGGCAGAUAAAUCGCAUAAACAAAGGAUAAUUGAAUUUAACAACUAUCUGAGCACUCUCACUGAACACUUCGAUAUCCAGAAAGUUUCUUGGACUAAAUAA